AUGUAUAUGAAACCCUACUGAUAGUUCGUUCUACACAACACAGGGUUCUUCGUUGCCGGGAAAUCUUCGGGUAUCGGUUUACAGUAAUCAAUGGCGGUCCCUAAGCUUGAUAAGAAGAUCAUCAAGAAGCGGUUCAAGAAGUUCAAGAGGCCCCAAAGUGACUGGAAAAUCUGUGUGAAGGAAAACUGGCGCAGGCCGAAGGGUAUUGAUUCCCGUGUUAGGAGAAAGUUUAAAGGUGUCACUCUUAUGCCCAACAUUGGUUACGGCUCAGACAAGAAGACACGACACUUUCUGCCAAAUGGUUUCAAGAAGUUUAUUGUACACAAUGCCAAAGAGUUGGAAGUUCUCAUGAUGCACAACAGGACGUAUUGUGCUGAGAUUGCACACAACAUAUCUACACGCAAGAGGAAAGAGAUAGUUGAGCGUGCAGCACAAUUGGAUGUGGUUGUUACCAACAAGUUAGCCAGGCUGCGCAGCCAGGAAGACGAAUAAGCUUGGUAGCCUUAUACCAUUUGUCCCCUUUGUGCUGUUUAACCUUCAAGUGCUCAAGGAUCUUAUUAGGUGCAUAAUAUUAAUUGGUGUAGUUUUGUUACCAAAAUCUUUAUUCGAUUCUGAAUUGAUUUUAUUGAAGAGUGAUUUAUGCUGCUAAUAGGCAUUUCCGCUUUAAGAUUACAUAAGUAUGCUUACAUAUUUGCUAA